AUGCGUCAGAGACGAUGGUUAGAGUUGUUUAGCGAUUAUGACUGCAAGAUUUGUUAUCAUCCAGGGAAGGCAAAUGUGGUAGCUGAUGCCUUGAGUAGGAAGGAAAGAGUCAGACCAAGACGAAUUAGAGCUAUGAGCAUUACCGUACACAACAGUCUGAAGGAUAAAGUGAUUGGGGCACAAAUAGAAGCAAGCAAGAAAGAAAAUAUUGAUAGAGAAGGGUUGGGAGGAAUGGCAGAACAAUUCGAUCAAAGAGAAGAUGGAGGAAUGAAAAACGAUGUUGCGGUUUAUGUGAGCAAGUGUUUAACGUGUCUGAAGGUUAAAGCAGAACACAAGAAACCAGGAGGAUUGCUAAGACAACCAGAGAUUCCCGAAUGGAAGUGGGAAAGUAUUACCAUGGACUUCAUCACCAAGUUACCUAGAACUAGUAGUGGUAAGGAUGCAAUAUGGGUUGUAGUAGAUUGA